CGGUCGCUGCUACGUGUUAAUGUCUUAGCACCGUUUAAGUCUCCAGGGAGUCCGCCAAAAUGUGAUUAACGUCUUUAUUUUUUUGACUUUAGUUAAUGGUAGCUGACGAUAAGCAGCUACUUGCGCUGCUGCUGUGUUUGUUAAAUCUGCUCAGAACGUUUCUGUAAAUGUUUUAUAGUUAAACAUGAAUUUUAAGAAGUUGAAAGAGGAAUAAAGACGAUUAAAAGACAACAAGGUUCAGGAUGGACCCGGUGGACCCGAAGGUUCUGGUGUCGGAGCUGAAACAGCAACUGGAGGAUGAAGUCAUCAGUCCGGAUCAGCGAGUCGGCGUGCUGACCAGCGGCUUAAACAAUGCACUGAACGUGGUGGCCUUAGUGACAGACAGCGACAGGGUGACUUUGUUGAAGUCUGAGUUAUAUCUGAGUGGCGUGCUGAGUCACUGCGUUCACGCACUCUCUUUGGACCCCAGAAGGCUUCAGGGUGGCUGGAGCACUGUCGCAUCCCUCGCCCAGCUCACCAGUUCCUGCUGUGUUGGGGUGCAGCUCGGUGAACACUCUGAGGUUUUCCUUGGUGUCUUCCUGCCGUCUGUCAUGGACAGUCUCCUGUCACUAGCCACUCGGCUCAUGAGGCACACAGAGGGUCUGUCUGUCUUUGGGACACUGAUGGAUUCUGUUGGCUGGCUGCUCAGCGCUCACAAACACCUCAGCACUCAGGUCCUGACUUCUGUUGACUAUGAGCAGCUCCAGAUGUGUGAUGAUGUCACUGUGCCUUUGAUGUGCCUCCAGAUGUGGAUUCAGACCUGUAAAGAAAACCGAGACUUUCUUUCUGGUUUGAGCAACAACACAGUCAUGUUACUGCUAAAUGAAGCAAUUGGCCAAUUAACUGUGAGUGGUGAUCAUGCAGUGGGCGGGGCCUCAGUUAAAUUGAUACUCCUCAUGGCCAAUCAGCUUGGGCGUCGCCUCCACAGACUUGUCGUCAGUUUCAGAGGUCUGGUCAACUUCCUGGACAAAGACUGUAGGGGGCAGGGCUUUGACCAGGAUGUAAAUCAGCUGAUCGCUCUCAUUCAUUCUGACAGCACCGUUCGAGAUCACGCCAAAGACCAUGCUGCACGUGUUCAGGCGGCGUGUGUGAUCCAGGCCGUGUGGAGGUCAUAUCGGACGCGUCUCAGGGUGAAGCGUCUCAGCCGAGGCGUUCGUGCGCUGCAGACAAAGUUUCAGGCUCAGAGGAAGCUGAAAGUACAACAGGAGGAGGCGCAGCGCUCAGAGGAGGAGCUGAAGUACCAGGUGUGUCUGAGGCGUCACCAGGCGAGGAGGAAGUUCCAUCAAAAACAGAGAGAGCUGCUUCAGUUGCUGCCCGCUGACCAGGUUGAGCCGUACCUGCAGGAGUGCAGGUGGCGUGCGGCCGUGGUGAUCCAGAGCGCCUGGAGAGGCUUCAGACAGCGACGGCACUACAACACCACACAGCGAAUCACACUGCAACACCGCCACCUUCAGGAGCACGCCGCCAGGAUCCUGCAGACAGCAGUGCGCCGUUUUCUGGAAAGAUGCAGAGCUGCAAAGGCUCCUCCCCUUGCAGCCUUCUGGAUUGGCCAGAAGGGUUUGACGGACAGCCGGAGGGUGGCGCUAAAGAGACAGGUGGAAGAACACGUCUCUGUGCAUCCUUCAUCCUGUGUGUCUCCUGAAGAGUGUGAGCGCCACCAUCAGGCCACACAACUCCUGCUGCUGUCUUUACUGCAGAGGGGGGCGGAGCACAGGAGGGCAGAGCAAAGGAUGGAGGUGCUGCUGGCUCACGUGCACACACAGCUGGAGCGGCUCAGAGAUGCCCCGCCCCUUUCUGCCAUCACGCCAACAGAUGCUGAGUCCUUUCUGAGCCCCUCGGGUGCCAUAGCUGCUCGCGCCCGUGAUGCCCAUAAUGCAGUGCUGCAGGCAAGUCGCCGGCCCUGGUGGACAAUGCUGGACGAGACGGAGUCAGGUGAUCUGUGUGACUCCGCCCACCUGGAGGAGCUGGAGGUGGCAUUUGGAGGACUGUAUGUAGGCGGGGCGGCGGGGCGGCCCAAAUGGGCAACAUGAAUCCAGAUGAAGUUUCUCUAAUAUCUUAACUUUAUCCUGAUUUCAGUUCACAUUGUUUCUGUGUAGGCUCUCAGUUGUCCAGGUGGUUUCCAUAGUAGAGAAGCUUGAAUCUUCGACUGGACUGGGUUGCUUGAGGCCUCAAGCAACCCAGUCCAGUCGAAGAUUCAAGCUUCUCUACUUGAGAUCUGUUAUUUAAUGUCAUUAAUUUAUAAAGACAAAAGUGCUCCAAAUCCUGACACAAUACUAGUCAAAGUACUCUCUUCUAUGAAAUAAUGUUCCAGUCCUCAGACAUUGUACUUUAGUAAUCAGACGAUAAUUCACCACUCUGUAGCACAUGUUACAGACAUUUAAAUCACCGUGUCAGAACAUUCAAAUGACACAAACUCCAGAUCCUUCCACCCUAAACAAAUUCUGGAGAUAAAAUGCUAACUGUGAAAAAUGUUAUGCUUCUACGAAAUCCUUUGUUUUCUUCCUAUUCUAAGUUCUGACAAUAAAAAUUCACAUGUGAUGAAGAAAAUAUCGUUCCAUAGAACAUCCAGUUGAUAUACAAUGAAACAUGCAAGUUGACAAACUUUCCUAUUAACAGCCUUAAUGCAACCCCAAUUCCAAUGAAGUUGGAAGACAUGAACAUGAUACCAUGGUCCUUAAAGCUGCAGGAGCUGAUUGUGAGCUGAUCACAAUCAGCUUCCAUCCCAGGAGCUAAUUAUUGAUUGUGUUGCUAACUCUCUAACUUAUAUUUGUAAUUUAUCAUUAAUGACUGGGAGAUUUCCUUCCAAAAUGAAAAUAGCUAAAGUAACACCGCUGUUCAAAUCCGGUGACAAACAUGUUUUUUCCAACUAUAGUCCAAUCUCAUUGUUAGAAAAGGUAUUUAUUAAGAGGUUAAAUGGUUUUAUAUCUAAACAUCACAUACAAAAUGAGCAGCAAUAUGGAUUUAGA